GAUCUUUUUGAUGGUUCCUCAACCAAACAAGAACUUGCGGUUAUUUUUCAUUCAUUAUCUCUCCGGCGCGAUCAAUUUCUCAACCAAUACUCCCUCACUAUCUUCACAAUUUCUUGGAGUUUCAGCUUACACUUCAAUCGCGCCAUUGCUUAAAGCUUGUAAUUCGAAUUCUAUUGAUUUGCAUGAGUUCUCAGAUCGAAGUUUAAUCUUUGGCUUUACUAGUGUAACUAACUACUCCUUUGGUAAGUUAAAGCAAGUUAGGGUUUCUAAAUUAGAUACGGAAUUUUCUGAUGUUUUACAAUCGAAUAAUGUUGAAAGACCAUUGGAUUUGAGUGAUGAGAAUGUAGCUUCACGAAGCCCUAAAUUAUAUGGAGAGUUCAGGAAGGGGAAGCGGAGUAUAUGGAAGCGAUUGGAUGGCAUGAAAAAUGUCGCUAAAAACUCGAAGGUGAUGCAUAAUUCCAGAACCGAAAGUGAAACCGAACGUGAAAUUGGUAAUGCAGAUGUGUUAUUCGAGAAUGAUAAUGCGUUCUAUGAGAAGCUAAGUUCCAAUGGAGUUGAAUCAAGUUCAGCUCAUUGCAACUCUAUCUUGGAGAAGCUUGAGAGAAGUGGUCGUGAUGAUGAAGCUUUAAGAUUCUUCAAAUGGAUGAGAAUCAAUGGAAAGCUGAAACACAACAUGAAUGCGUAUAAGUUAGCUUUAAGGGUAUUGGGUAGGAGACAAGAUUGGGAGGAAGCAGAAAGGUUGAUUCAAGAAAUGCAGACCGAGUCAGAGUCAUCUUGUGAACUCAGUUUCCAAAUCUUCAACACUCUCAUUUUCGCGUGUCAUAAACGUGGACUUGUGACAGCUGGCAGAAACUGGUUCCAAAUGAUGUUAGAUAAAAAAGUUCUCCCCAAUGUUGCCACUUUUGGCAUGAUGAUGAAUCUUUACCAAAAGGGUGCUCUUCUUGAUGAUGCAGAGUUUGCUUUCUCACAAAUGAGAAACUUCAAGAUUGUAUGUCAUAGUGCUUAUUCAUCCAUGAUUACUAUGUAUACACGUGUUGGAUUAUAUGAAAAAGCAGAAGAGAUUAUCGAGUUUUUGAAGGAAGAUAAAGUGGUUUUGAAUCAAGAAAACUGGUUGGUGUUGCUUAAUGCUUAUAGCCAACAAGGAAAGUUAAAUGAAGCAGAAAAAGUAUUGGCUUCAAUGCAUUCAUCUGGAUUUUCUCCUCAUAUUGUUGCUUACAAUACACUCAUAACAGGAUAUGGAAAAAUCUCAAACAUGGAAUCUGCUCAAAGAAUCUUUCAUGACCUAAUUUCAUCAGGUUUGAAACCCGAUGAAACCACUUACAGAACCAUGGUUGAAGGUUGGGGUCGAUUACAAAAUUUCAAAGAAGCAGAAAAGUAUUACAAUGAAAUGGUUACCUUAAAUUUCAAGCCAAAUUCAUCGAAUCUUUACACAAUGAUUAAUCUUCAAGCCAAAAAUGGAGAUGAAUCAGGUGCUAUGAGAACCAUAAACGAUAUGAACAAAAUCGGAUGCCAAUUCUCUUCUAUUCUCGGGAUUCUUCUACAAGCAUAUGAGAAAGCAGAAAGAUUCGAUAAAGUGGCAUCUAUCAUAAAAGGUAUGCAUUUGCUUUACAAUCAUGUUUUGAACAAUCAAACUUCAUGUUCGAUUCUUGUUAUGGCAUAUGUGAAACAUUGUUUAGUAGAUGAUGCGAUUGAAAUUCUAGGGAUUAAAAAGUGGAAAGAUAAAGUAUUUGAGGAUAGUUUAUAUCAUUUACUUAUAUGUACAUGUAAGGAGUUGGGUUAUCUUGAAAAUUCCAUCAAGAUUCACGAAUCUAUGCCAAAACCCGAAAAACCAAACUUGCAUAUCACUUGUAGUAUGAUUGAUAUUUACACGCGUUUGAAUCGGUUUCAAGAAGCAGAAGCCCUUUACAUGAAACUAAAAUCAAAAGGGAUUCCUUUGGAUUUGAUAGCAUUUAGUAUAGUAGUAAGAAUGUACAUCAAAUCCGGAUCUUUAAACAACGCGUGUUUAGUUCUUGAAGAAAUCGAAAAACAAAAGGAGAUUAAGAUUAUCCCGGAUGUAUAUUUGAUCCGUGAUAUGCUUCGAAUUUAUCAAAGAUUAGGAAUGGUAAACAAGUUAGCCGAUUUAUACUACAAAAUCUUGAAACUUGGAGUUAUUUGGGAUCAAGAAAUGUAUAAUUGUGUCAUAAAUUGUUGUGCACGUGCUUUACCAAUCGAUGAACUUUCAAGGCUUUUCAAUGAAAUGAUUCAUAACGGGUUUUCACCAAACACCACAACAUUUAACGUAAUUCUUGAUGUUUAUGGAAAAUCGGGUCUUUUUAAAAAAGUGAGACAAGUGUUUUGGAUGGCUAAAAAACAAGGGAGAGUAGAUGUAAUUUCUUACAACACAAUCGUUUCCGCAUAUGGAAAAAGUCAAGAUUUGAGAAACAUGGCUUCGGUUGCUAGGAGAAUGAAGUUCAAUGGCUUUUCUGUGUCUCUUGAAGCGUAUAAUUGUAUGUUGGAUGCGUAUGGAAAAGCGGGCGAAAUGGAGAAGUUUAAAAAUGUGUUGUUGAGGAUGAAGGAAUCGAAUUGUGGGUCGGAUUGUUAUACGUAUAAUAUUAUGAUUAAUAUUUAUGGUGAAAAGGGGUGGAUUGAUGAAGUUGGUGAUGUGUUGAUGGAGUUGAAGGAGUGUGGGAGGGAUUUGGAUUUGUGUGGUUAUAAUUCUUUAAUUAAGGCGUAUGGGAUUGCGGGAAUGGUGGAAGAGGCGGUGGAUUUGGUUAAGGAAAUGAGAAAAAACGGAGUGGAACCGGAUCGGAUUACGUAUACGAAUUUGGUUAUUGCUUUGCAGAAGAAUGAUAUGGUUUUGGAGGCACUUAAAUGGUCCUUGUGGAUGAAACAAAUGCGGAUUUGACGUUUUGAUCAGAUAGGAUAGAACAGAUUAUACUGUGUUUGUCAUUGGACUGAGAGUCAGAC